CAUUAACAUUAUUCAACGUUUUGUAAGAUGUUUUGUUCAUAAAUAAUAAUUUCUUCGGUGUAUAAUUCAAGUUAGAAAUUUGCUGUUUGUUUUAAUCGCUAAAGAAUGAUUUUUAAAGUUUAGCAACGGUUUCUUAAAAAAAGUUUUCUCCUCCGAAUUAUUAUUCAAAAUGAGAAGAUCAUAUUCCACCAGUUUCCUUCCUUUUACUUCAUUGGCAAUUUUAUUAAUUUUUUCGUUUGUAUGCUUGUUUUCAUCAGUAUCAGCUCAAAAUGCUGCGAAAAAAAUUUGUCAAACGAAAGAAUGCUUAUCUGCUGCACAAAAUUUAAAAGAAUCGAUCGACUUCAAAGCAGAUCCUUGCGAUAAUUUCUACAAGUACGCUUGUGGAAAUUGGCCAAAAGUUCAUAAAAAUCCAGCUAGUUUAAUUCCUGGAGGUACAAUACAAUUGCGAAAUGACGAAAAUACUGGAGAACUUUUCGAUUUUCUCAAACAGAACAAUAGCAAAGACGAACCAGAAGCUGUGCACAAAACUAGACAAUUAUACGCAUUAUGUUUGAAUAAAGCUGCUUACAGCAAUAAGCUAGAACCGCUUGAAACCAUGCUACAAAAACUCGGUCUGCCAGUACGUUCGUUCUUAUCUGGUGAAAUUAAAGAUUACGAUUACACCACAGCAUUAGCCAAAGCAGCGAAAUUUGCCGGAAUCAAGAUGUUCUUCGAUCUUUCAACUGGCUCAAACCCUUACAAUCAAACGGUGAAUAUGAUCGCAUUGGGAAAAGUAACUCCCUCGCCGGAAUUCGAUUCCACAAUUCUGCCUUUGACGAGCAACUUUAAUUCAGGCCGAACAAAACGAGCCUCAGAUAAAAUUUCUCCAGACCAAUAUAUGGCUCAAGUGAUGAGUAGAAUGUGCGAAGAGAGCGUCUCAUCUUCUUGUAUGCAAUGGGAUUCGCCUUAUAAUUUUGCCAGAGAUAUAAUGAUUGGAAAAAUUUUGAAUCAAAGUCAAGAACUCGCGCAGCUCGGUUUAAAACCAACUUCUGCACUCAAUUCUUCACUUUUACCAGUCAUAUACACCUUGAAAGAACUGCAAGAGCUAACAGACAGCAUUGCAAUUGAAGUAAAAACAACAAUCCCCAAGUUAAACUGGACGAGAUACAUAGAAGAAAUGUUUACUGGUGUGGAUAACGUGAAUUUGGAUCUCAGAGACCCGACCAAAGUUCAAAUUGCUAUUCAAAGUUUGGAUUACAUCAAAGAAGUAACAAAAUUUAUCUACCAAAGAGAAAAAGUGAAACUAAUUGAGCUUGGAAUUUGGUGGGAAGUCGUAUCCAAUCUUUUACCUUACAUUGAUUUGAAAACUUUCGACGCUAAAAAUAAACUAGAAAAUUAUGGACCUUCUCCAACUAGAGAAGAACGUUGUGCUGACAUAACCAAAUAUUCAUUCGGUAUGGCAAUUAGCUAUGGAUAUGCCACGAAGGAAAAAUACAUCAAAGCCAAGACCGACAUUCGUAAAAUGUACGAGCACAUUCGAGACAGUUUGAAACAAAUAAUUCAGCAAGUACCUUGGAUGGAUGAAACAACCAGGCAAAGAGCAUUGAAAAAAUUACAGUCAGUAAAAUCCAACAUUGUAUAUCCGAGCUCAAUCAAGACAACAAACAAACUGAACGAAUUCUAUCAAGAUGUGAAAAUAUCUAAAAACUUCUACGAUACGAUGAUAACAAAAAUUCAGAAUCAAGUAAAAAAAUCAUUGAGCAAGCUGAAUCGAACAAAUGAUCAAAACGAAGACGAUUGGAUUAUAACUCCCAGCCUCGUCAAUGCUGUUUACCAACCUGAAAAAAAUACUAUAAUCAUUCCAGCUGGUAUACUUGGAUUAUCAAUUUAUAACCAUAGCUUAAGAGCAUUGGAUUAUGGAGGAAUAGGUUCGAUCGUAGGACACGAAUUAACUCACGCAUUUGACAACACUGGACGACGUUACAAUGAAAUAGGAAACAUCGAAGACUGGUGGCAACCUCAAACGUUGAAUGCGUACAGGGAGAAGGGUAAAUGUUUCGUUGAAGCUUAUAGCAAUUACAGUAUAACCUUCGGUGGUGUAACUCAAAUGGGUGAUAGCAAAGUAACGUUGGGAGAAGAUAUCUCGGAUAGUGGUGGAUUCAAGGAAUCACUUUUCGCCUACAAAAACUGUGUAUCAGAAUUUGGAGAAGAACAAACUCUUCCACAGUUUGAGAACUUCACUCAUGAACAACUCCUCACAAUAGCAUUUGCCAAUGUGUGGUGUGAAAGUCCAACCAUACUUUCUCCUUUGGUAGCCGAAUUCAAUGAGCAUAGCCCGAAUGGAGUUCGUGUAAAUGGAGUUCUCCAAAAUUCCAAAGAGUUCGCAGAGAUUUGGAAAUGCCCGAAAGGAAGCAAAAUGAACCCGAAUAGCGAAAAAUGUUCUAUUUGGUGAUUUUUCAAAUUAAUUUUCAAUCACCGAAAUACACCAGAUAAUGAUCGGAAUUUUUAAAUUAUGUAUUUCGCACAAUACUGUAAUCGAUAUUAGAAAAUAAAUAGGUAAUGUACAUACUAGAAAA